GCCUGUUAGCUUCUCAUAGCUGUUUUUAAAGUGGCCAUUCCCUUCAGUCUGACCGAAAUUAACUUUAUGAAACACUUGAGCCACCGUAAACCCACGUUUAUUUAUUUGUUGGCUAAUCAGUUCGUUGUCAAUGUUGGCGCUUGGUGGCUUUGGCUCAAAUCCGAAGAUUAUCACAUCCAGCCGCUAAUGUUAGCCAUCCGUAUUCAUUGUUGCUCAUUUAGCGCAAGGCAGCUAACUUAGCACAAAUAUCGGUUGCGGUGUGUUUUGAUUGUUUCUUACUAGGUAAUGUCACUUGCUCAGUCCCUUCUGAGUCUGAUUUGGAGUUGUGUCACUUCAUAACGAUGAAUCGUCCAAAGCCUACAACUCUCAGGCGCCCAAGUGCUGCAAAACCAUCAGGCCAUCCUCCACCGGGUGAUUUCAUAGCUCUUGGGUCAAAGAGUCAAGGCGGAGAGUCCAAAGCGCCUGCUGUUCUCCUGAAGCCAGCAUCCACAGGUCUACCUGCAGACCGCAAGAGAGAGACCUCCACUGCUCUGCCCUCCUCGUCGGGGCUGUCCAGUCUUACCAAGCGUCCCAAACUAUCCUCCACUCCUCCGGUGAGUGCCCUGGGACGGCUGGCAGAUGUUGCAGCUGUGGACAAGAGGGCAAUAUCGCCUUCCAUUAAGGAGCCAUCGGUGGUCCCUAUUGAAGUUCCACCGGCAGUGCUGCUGGAUGAGAUCGAGGCUGCAGAGUCUGAGGGCAACGAUGAUCGCAUUGAGGGGCUGCUGUGUGGAGCAGUCAAACAGCUCAAGAUGAACCGAGCCAAGCCCGACAUCACACUGUACCUCAGUCUCAUGUUCCUGGCUAAAAUCAAGCCCAAUGUGUUUGCCACUGAAGGAAUUAUUGAGGCCUUAUGCAGCCUUCUGCGUCGGGAUGCUUCCAUCAACUUUAAAGCCAAGGGCAACAGCCUCGUCUCUGUACUCGCUUGCAACCUGCUUAUGGCUGCUUACGAGGAGGAUGAGAACUGGCCGGAGAUCUUUGUCAAAGUGUACAUUGAGGACUCUCUCGGGGAAAGAAUCUGGGUGGACAGCUCUCACUGUAAGAAUUUUGUCGACAACAUCCAGACCGCCUUCGGCACCAAGAUGCCCCCCAAGAGUAUGCUGCUGCAGGCCGACACUGGCCGCACCGGCGGAGAUCUCAGUGCAGGUAGCAGCCCUCACCCAUCAACCCCAGAUGAGGACGACAGCCAGACUGAACUGCUGAUAGCAGAGGAGAAACUUAGCCCUGAGGAUGAUGGGCAGGUUAUGCCAAGGUAUGAAGAACUGGCUGAGAGCGUGGAAGACUAUGUGCUUGACGUCCUCAGGGAUCAGUUAAACCGCAGGCAGCCGAUGGACAAUGUGUCCCGAAACCUCCUGCGCCUGCUCACAGCCACCUGCGGCUACAAGGAGGCACGACUCAUGGCUGUGCAGAGGCUCGAGAUGUGGCUGCAGAACCCAAAGCUAACUCGACCAGCUCAAGACCUUCUCAUGUCGCUGUGUAUGAACUGCAACACGCAUGGAGCAGAUGACAUGGAGGUGAUCUCCAACCUGAUCAAGAUCCGCCUAAAACCCAAAGUCCUCCUCAACCACUACAUGCUCUGUGUCAGGGAGCUGCUGAAUGCACACAGGGACAAUCUGGGCACGAUGGUGAAGUUGGUGAUCUUCAAUGAGCUGUCAAAUGCCAGGAAUCCCAACAACAUGCAAGUCCUCCACACAGUGCUGCAGCACAGCCCAGAGCAGGCGCCAAAGUUCUUGGCCAUGGUGUUCCAGGACCUGCUAACAAAUAAGGAUGAUUACCUCCGUGCCUCCAGAGCUCUGCUAAGAGAGAUCAUCAAACAGACCAAGCACGAGAUCAAUUUCCAGUCUUUCUGUUUGGGUUUAAUGCAGGAGAGAAAAGAGGCUAGCUAUGUAGAAAUGGAGUUCAAAGAGCGUUUUGUUAUCCAGGUAACAGAUUUACUGACUGUCUCCAUGAUGCUGGGCAUCACCGCGCAGGUCAAAGAGGCUGGGAUUGCAUGGGACAAAGGAGAGAAGAAGAAUCUGGAGGUCCUGAGGUCAUUUCAGAAUCAGAUCGCUGCCAUCCAGCGGGAUGCUGUGUGGUGGCUUCACACGGUGGUUCCCACCAUCAGCAAAGUCGGUGCAAAAGACUACGUCCACUGCCUCCACAAAGUGCUUUUCACAGAGCAGCCUGAAACCUAUUACAAGUGGGACAACUGGCCACCUGAGAGUGACAGGAAUUUCUUCCUUCGCCUCUGCUCUGAGGUUCCCCUGCUGGAAGACACGUUGAUGCGCAUUCUGGUGAUAGGACUAUCACGUGAUUUACCUCUGGGCCCAGCCGAUGCCAUGGAGCUUGCAGAUCACCUGGUUAAGAGAGCAGCUGGAGUUCAGUCUGAUGAUCUUGAUGUGUUGAGAGUGGAGAGGAUCCAGCUCAUCGACGCUGUGCUGAACCUUUGCACAUACCACCACCCAGAGAACAUUCAGCUGCCUGCAGGGUAUCAGCCGCCAAAUUUGGCUAUAUCCACGCUGUACUGGAAGGCAUGGCUUCUCUUGCUUGUGGUUGCUGCAUUCAAUCCACAGAAGAUAGGUUUGGCUGCCUGGGACAGCUAUCCCACACUGAAAAUGCUCAUGGAGAUGGUUAUGACAAAUAACUACUCCUACCCGCCUUGCACCAUUGCUGAUGAGGAAACCAAGACUGAGAUGAUAAACCGAGAGCUUCAGAUCUCUCAAAGGGAGAAACAAGAAAUCCUGGCGUUUGAAAGCCACUUGGCAGCAGCCUCCACCAAACAGACCAUCACAGAGAGCAACAGCCUGUUGUUGUCACAGCUCACCAGUCUGGACCCACAAGGUCCUCCUCGUCGACCUCCACCUCAGGUCCAGGAGCAGGUGAAAAGCCUCAACCAGUCUCUGCGCCUCGGCCAUCUCCUCUGCCGCAGCCGUAACCCAGACUUCCUGCUCAACAUCAUUCAGAGACAGGCAUCGUCUCAGUCCAUGCCAUGGCUGGCUGACUUGGUCCAGUCCAGCGAGGGGUCUUUGGAUGUGCUUCCUGUGCAGUGUCUGUGUGAAUUCCUUCUCCAUGAUGCUGCUGAUGACAGCCUGCCAAUUGAGGAUGAGGAAGAAGGAGAGAGCAAAGAACAGAAGGCAAAGAAGAGACAGAGGCAACAAAAGCAAAGGCAGCUUCUUGGACGGCUCCAGGAUCUUUUGCUAGGUCCUAAGGCUGACGAACAGACAACAUGCGAGGUGCUGGACUACUUUCUGCGUCGGCUCAGCUCUUCUCAGGUGGCAUCAAGAGUUCUAGCUAUGAAGGGUUUGUCUUUGGUGCUGAGUGAAGGAGGCCUGAAGGAUGGAGAGGAGCGGGACCAGCCCAUGGAAGAAGACUCUGCAGACGCUGAGCUCUUACCAGGCUACCAGUGGCUGCUACAAGACCUGCCGAAGCUGCCACUGUUUGAUAGUGUCAGGGGCAUGACAUCUACCGCUCUGCAGCAGGCUAUUCACAUGGAAACAGAUCCACAGACGAUCAGUGCGUAUCUCAUCUACCUUUCUCAACAUGCACCAGUAGAGGAGCAAGCUGCACACAAUGACCUUGCUUUGGACGUGGCCCGGCUGAUCGUCGAGCGUUCAACCAUCAUGAACAACCUGUUCUCCAAGCAUUCUUGCAGGCCCGAGUCUGACGCUGUGCUCUCAGCUUUCCUCACCAUCUUCUCCACCUACAUCAAGAGGAUGAGGAAGACCAAGGAGGGAGAGGACCUUUACAGCUGGUCAGAAUCUCAGGAUCAGGUGUUUCUACGCUGGACGACAGGAGAGACUGCCACAAUGCACAUUCUGGUUGUCCAUGCCAUGGUUAUCCUGCUAACUCUGGGGCCACCCAAAGGAGAGAGUGACUUCUACACUCUGUUGGACAUUUGGUUUCCUGAUAAGAAGCCUCUUCCCACCGCCUUCCUGGUCGACACCUCAGAGGAGGCCCUUCUGCUGCCUGACUGGUUGAAACUGAGGAUGAUCCGAUCAGAGGUUUCUCGAUUGGUUGAUGCAGCUUUACAAGACCUGGAGCCUCAGCAGCUGCUACUGUUUGUGCAGUCGUUUGGCAUUCCAGUUUCCAGCAUGAGCAAACUGUUGCAGUACCUGGACCAGGCUGUCUCCCACGAUCCACAGACACUGGAACAAAACAUCAUGGACAAACAUUACAUGGCCCAUCUGGUUGAGGUGCAGCAUGAGAGAGGCGCCACUGGGGGGCACACUUUCCACUCUCUGCUCAGCUCUUCUCUGCCUCCUCGCAGAGAUUCUGCUGAAGUGAGUAAGGCCAAAGUUACCGUGGAAACGCCCCACAGCUCUGUGAAGAUGAGAGCAGCCAAUCAGAUUCCUGUGAUUGGGCCUGAAGAUGACCUCACUGGUUUGUUGCUUCAGAUAUUCCCCUUAAAGGUGGAUCCCCGCUGGCAUGGCCCUCCUCCUAACCAGCUGUCCCUGGCCCUGCAGCAGGCUCUGGCAAAAGAGCUGAUCCGGGCCAAACAGGGCCACAUUCAGCAGGGUGGGUUGGCAUUUUGCCUCCUACAGGCCAUAGCAGCCCUGCUAUCCUCUGCCCAUGCAGGACCUAUUGUUAUGGCAAUGCACCGCAGUCACGCCCUCUCCUGUCCUCUGAUGCGUCAACUUCAUCUCUACCAGCGCUUGGUGUCCCAGGAUAUUGCUUUCUCCUCGCUGUUCCUGAAGGUCAUUGUGGAGAUGUUGACCUGGUUAGAGAACCCAACUGUGGAGGCAGGACCACUGAAGACCCUACUCAAGUCCUUUGCUGGCCAGUAUUCUCACAAACACAGGCUCAGUGAUGUUCGUACAGGUUUCCUCCACCUGGCCGAGGCUCAGGCUUAUCGCAGGGACACUGAAGUGCCAGUGAGGGCAAUCAUCGCAAUGCUAAAGGCUGGAGAGAGAUGCAAUGCAGAGGCUGAGCUCAUUAGCAGAGUUUUACAGGGGCUGAUGGAGGUGAAGUCACCUUAUUUGGAGGAGCUGCUGUCACUGUUGAUGACUAUUGGUACACAGAAUGGGACAGCUGGCCCUGUUGCCAUGGUGAUCUCACUGCUGCUUCAGGAGAGUGAAGAGCGAGCUGUGAAAAAGGAAAUAGAUUCUAACAACAGCUCUGAGGUGACAAGGACAGGGCUGAGUUCUGGGUUGCUGGUUGAUUGGCUGGAACAUCUCGACCCGGAGGUUACAUCAGUCUGUCCAGACCUUCAGCAGAAACUGUUGUUUUCCCUCAACAAGGGACGAGGCACCCCUGCUUACAGACCCUACCUUUUAGCUUUGCUUACCCACCAGUCCAACUGGACCACCCUCCUGCAGUGCAUCAGUGCUCUUCUCAGCAAGCGGAGAGAUCAGAGACUGGACCCAUCAUCAGCCCUGGAUUUCCUCUGGGCUUGCAGCCACAUCCCGCGCAUCUGGCAGGGACGUGAUCAGAAGACACCUCAAAAGAAAACAGAGAAGUUUGUGCUGCGGCUGAGCUCAGAGGAGCUCAUCAGCCUGGUGGACCUGAUUCUGUCAGAGUCAGAGCUUAAUGGCCGCAACUCGCCCGACGACAAGAGCACCUUAGACCAGGCCUCCUGCUCCCUCAUCCAGUCCAGACUGCCUCUGCUUCACUCCUGCUGCAACGGAGAUCUGGAAAACAUCAAGAAACUCUCAGAGUACCUCAUCAAUUGCACUAAGAAAUGGGAGGACAGUGCGAUGGGUCAGCGGUGCCAGAACCUGCUGCUGCAGAUCUACCUGCACUUCCCUGAGGUCAUCCAGCACGUGACCCUACCUGACGCCACCUUCAGCAGUGGGGGCGCUGCAGAUGGUAGCAGUUGCAAGCUUGAUGUCCUAGUCCAUCGCCUGGUCACAUUGCUCGCUGAUACGGGAGACUCAAAGUCGGCUGAGAACCGCAUGUCUGAUGCCAACCUUGCCUGCAGGAAGCUGGCUGUGUCCCACCCUGUCCUCUUGCUCAGACACCUGCCGAUGAUUGCAGGUCUCCUACACGGCCGCAUUCACCUCAACUUGCAGGAGUUUCGGCAGCAGAACCACCUGACGUUCUUCACCAAUGUGCUGGCCAUCCUGGAGCUGCUGCAGCCGCUCGUUUUCCACAGUGACCACCAGAGGGCGCUGCAGGACUGCCUUCUCUCUUUUAUGAAGGUCCUUCAGAACUUUCAGAGGUCUCGUUCUCCGUUGGUCUUCAUCAGUAAGUUCCUGCAGUUCACACAGAAGUACAUUACGCAUGACGCAGCUGCAGCCAUUCCCUAUCUACAGAAGCACUCCGACAUGUUGCAGAGCCUGUGCUCAGAAAACCCGGACCUGGUCCAGCUGAAGUCUCUGCUAGCUGGGCUCACUUUGCCGGUGAAGAGCUCCUCUGCAGAGAUCGCUGCUGAAGACAGAGAUGAUGAUUCAUCCACUGGUUCCCUGCCCCUAGUCAACAUAUCAGCUUCUGUUACACUGACUGCUGCUGACAUGACGAUGUACCUCAAAAAGAUGUCCAGAGGAGAGGCAGUCGAGGAUGUGCUGGAAGUGUUGACUGAGGUGGAUGAGAAGUCUCGGAGGAGUCCAGAGAUCAUACAGUACUUCAUUAAUGAUCUCCAGAGACUAAUGGCUUCCUCGGAGGAGCUGUGUCGCAACAUGGCGUUCAGCCUGGCUCUGCGCUGUAUCCAGAACAAUCCCUGCCUGGCAACAGACUUCCUGCCCACCGUCAUGUACUGUAUGGGCAGCGAUAACUUUGACGUGGUACAAACUGCUCUCAGGAAUCUGCCAGAAUACGUGCUUCUCUGUCAAGAGCAUGCCGACAUCUUGCUUCACAAGGCGUUUUUGGUGGGGAUCUACGGACAAAUUGACACCAGUUCGAUGAUCUCAGAGUCGAUGAAGGUCCUUCAUAUGGAAGCAACAACAUAACUCCUUCUGACAGGAAACAGCAUCAUGACCUUCUCUCAUUCCAGAGUUAGAUUUAUUUUUUUUAAUGCCUUUAGCUCAACCUGGUUUCUGAUAAUAUGACAGACUGAUGAAAGUGGUGGCUCUUAAAUUUCAGUGACUGAAGGACGUGACAGUACAUUUGUAGCAACUGAUAAUAUGGUAACUACAGCCUAAUUUAAUAACCUGUAAUGUGUAAAAUCUCCCUCCUAAAUGAGUUGACAAUUUAAUGAAAGCUGUCAAUAGAGAUGAUUUCUGGAGAAUGUAAUGAUACGUUAUUACUUUAAGUAUUACAAUACAUUAUAUUGAUACAGCAUUGACUUCUUGGUUGUUAUGAGCUACUGCUUAUAAUGAAAUAUUUGGAUUUGGUACUUUAUUAGACAAUGUUGUUGUUGUAUUGGUUAAAAAUAUGCAACACUGCUUUUGGAGUCAUAUUCACCAGUUUGAUGUCCUUUUGUAAUGUGAUGUUACAUAUUAUAUAAGCGGAUUUUAUUAAACCAUCAACACUUUUAUGGAGGGAAACAUCACUUGCUUCAGAGCUCUGUCAGUGUUUGGACAGUGGCACACUUUUUGCUUUGGCUUCAGAUUUUUAACAGUUUGUUUUUUGGGUUAAGCAGCACUUCAUUUUUUGACGUAUUGGAUGAACAUAUUCCAAAUUAAAAGUACCUGUCUGAUAGUUGUGGGUCUGGCAGUAUGGUAAUUUUUUUUUUUUUUUUUUUCAACUACCAAAUUUUCCUAAUGAUUUUUUAAAAAAAAUUCAAAGUGAGAACAUGUUAAAAAUUCAGCUAAAGACAAAAAUAUUGAAACUACUGAUAUCUCCCCGAGAUGUGGUGCCAUAAACACAGCUGCAUUUCUUUCUUUCUUUCUUUCUUUUUUUUAACUGGUCAUCCUGUAUGGCUGGCAAUCCCCUCCUAUUGAAGUUUACAGUCAGCACUUAAAGCUUAUGAUCAUUAUUUUAUAAUUUGGCAUUCAAAUAAUUUAAGACUAUGUGGACAAAGCAAAUAGAUGUGCUGCUGUCCAAAUUCCUCUAAAUCACACUAUUAAUUUGUGAAUUCCUUCAGUGGCUGAAAUGGAAGUUACUGAGGCUUUGUGUAGUACAGUCAUGUUGCUUUACUGUAACCUGAACACCACCUGUAAACCACUGUCGUGUGUUGAAUAAAAAAAAAAAAAAAAGCUUUCUGAA